AUGUGGUGUGACAACUGCUUGCUCGUGUUUCCCUUACGCCAUGGCGCCAUGGUCUGGAACGUCUUCAUCGCAGCUUACAAUCUGGCUGGAUCCAUCUUGCUGUUCAACAAGGGACAGUUCCUCUUCUUCAAUUAUCCCGAAUACCAGAUCUACGGUGGUAUCGGCAUGGGAGUCAUGGCAAUCUGCAUACUCACCACCAUCGGCUUGGCCAACAGCUCGUACAUGUGGAUGCGUCUUUGCUUUUUCCUCUGGCCCGCCAUCCUGGUCAUCGUUGCUGUUCGAGCCGGUUUCAUGAUUUUCCAGCUCGAUAGACAGCAGACCAAAAUCGUUUGGGAAUGUAACAAUGGUGGUCAGCUUUGGGGAACUGCAGGAGAGGAGGGCACAAACAAUGGAACCAUGCCAUCUGGGCUAUGCUCGGCCGGUUUCCACAGCCUCUACAUCGCAUUUGUCUUUUCGCUCGCUAUCGACUGGGCAUUGCAAGUCUACGCUUACUUCAUGUGCUGGCGCUUCAAGAAGAGAAUCGAACACUACUACGCCCUCGCCACCAAGGAGAGCAACAUUUACAGCUUCUGA